GUUAUCCGUGUAGUCUGUUCAUAGGUGUGUGUGUUGACUGUGUUGUCAGAGACAAUAGAAGCAAUAUAACACUAGGUCCUAAUGUUCUAGGCGCUCUGGUGUUGUGUUUUGAAUGGCUGCUUGUUCCAGUGAAUUUUUUUAGCGGAAAUCAUGUUGAACAGUGAACCCGAAUAGUUCUAGUUGGAACGUCGUAUAUUUUUGGAAUUAUUGCCGUUUUAAAAAUGUCUAGGCCUAUAUCUAAUCACGUUGAUUCAGAUCUUGCUCUUGCUGUCAAACUCCAGGAGGAGUUUGACCGAGAAACGAUAGGACCUAUCGUAGGUGCUCAUCAUGGAUCGAGUUUCACUGUCCCUAGUUCCAGUUCUAUUUGGAGUGACACUGACAAUGCCUCAUCAUCCUCAGCAUCUCCGUCAACGUCUAACUGGAACCUGCAAAAUGGAACCAAAUUUAAGCAAAUUGCUGAGGCAAUAUCCAAACCCCUCUCUGUUGUGGACGAGCAGUGGGAAUUGACUGACCCAAACCCUGAUGUGCGAGCCUUGUUCUUGGAGUACAACCGAACGUAUUUUUGGGGAAAGUUGGAAUGUGUUGAAGUUCGGUGGAGCCCGCGUAUGACACUGUGUGCAGGACUAUGCUGUUAUGAGGGAAGAGGAGGCUUGUGUUCAAUCAGGCUCAGUCUUCCUCUUCUUAAACUUAGACCUAGGAGUGAUUUGGUUCAAACACUGCUGCAUGAAAUGAUCCAUGCAUAUCUGUUUGUAACAGAUAACAACAAGGAUCAUGAUGGUCAUGGACCAGAAUUUUGCAAACAUAUGAAGCGAAUAAAUGACAAGUCUGGUUCCAAAAUCACGGUGUAUCACAGUUUUCAUGAUGAGGUUGAUGUGUAUCGACAACACUGGUGGCGAUGUGAUGGUCCUUGCCAGAAGCGCCCUCCAUAUUUUGGAAUUGUUCGCCGAGCAAUGAAUCGAGCACCAAGUUUCAGAGACACCUGGUGGUCGCAACAUCAAAGUACAUGUGGAGGAAAGUACACGAAGAUCAAGGAACCAGAUGACUAUGGAAAAAAGGGGAAGAGAAAAGCAGGCAUGGACAUUGAAGGUUUGGCUGCCAAGAAGCCAAAAUCAGAGGGGCAAGACAUCAGAAGCUUGUUUUCUGGAAAUGGAAACAUGGUUGGGACAUCCAGAAGCCAGUCAGAACGAGGCAUAAAACAAAAUGGCAUGACAGUUCUCCCAGGUGAUACAAAAUCAAAAUCUCUACCUGUGAUACACAACUCUAACGAUAGCCAAUCUAGUGCUCAGGCUAGUAGAGGUAAGGAAACCUGCCCAGAGACAAAGCAUAGCAGGAGAGAUAGCACCGAUAUUGUGAGACAGCCAAAAGCUAGUGAUUUGAAAAGUCUGGGUAAUGCUAUCAAAGUCAACAAUAACCUGUUUCCAGGCAAAGGAUUUGUUCUAGGUGCCUGCUCUAGUGGAGAGCAUACUGCACAAAAAGACAAUGUACAUGUCAAUAGAAAUAAUGGCGAUGUUCACAAAACGGGUCGACAGACAAAGGACAAACUUGGAAUCAAACACGGCUGGAAAGGCUCAUGUGCAAACCAAAACGGAGGUAAACACUGUAAAUCGGUACCACCACAAAUGACAUUAGAUCUCAAUGGCAGGAGCAAUAAUGCUGCUUGCCAAAAUCGAGUGUUGUCACCAAACAAUAGCAGAAACAACGGCACAUGGCAGGAUUCCCAUAAGCUGACCAGCAGAGAGAACAUCGUGGCCGUGAGGCAGAGAAGCACUGACCACACUGGCACGGCAGUAGCAAGAGACAGAGGUGUGUCUCAAGCUAUGAGGGGGUUGGCAGAAGACCUGUAUUCUGAGAAACCCAUGGCAUCUACAUCGGACACAGCCAUGAAUAAUCGAGGAUCUUCCACCGCCAUCUUCACACAAGUUAAAGAGCAGGUCAAUAAAAGCCCUGCAGAGCAGCGAUCUCCGAGCAAAACUUUGACCAGCAUUGAGAAGCAGUCUACACUGGACAACUUCUUUUCUACUCCAGCAAAAAAAUCGACAGCAGGUGAUCCACAGAGAGCUGUCAUUCGGACAGGCGAGACAGACAGUGCGGGCAGCGAUUAUGAAGAUGAAAUAAUGGAAAUCUUUACCCCUCCCUCUGCAAAGAACGUUCAACAUGAGGUACCCAAGAUCCCUAUGUGCCAAUGUCCAGUGUGUAAUAAAGAGGUGAAAGUAUCUGCCAUCAAUGCUCAUCUGGACCAGUGCUUAGGUUAACACAGUUUUAAGCUUUUUACAGUUUAAAAUGCAUAGAUAUGUUACCAUGGCUGUUUUACUAGUGUUUGCAAUAUUCUGUAUUAAUUGAGAAUUUGCAUGAAAUAACCAUCUUACAUUUCAUAUUUUGUGCUAUUGGCAAACCAGCUAGUAUGUAAUUAAAAUACGGAUAUUAUACUGCAAUAUUUGUAUAGCUCAAAUUGUGUAACACAUGUAAUUUACCUGCACAGAUGUUUUUUGUAACCUGUAUCUAUUUUUAUUACAAUGAAUACAUAUCAUUAGGAAAGUCACAGCUACGUUCAGUUUAGACAUUGUUUAUUAUGCACCAAGUUACCACGUAUUAAUAAAAUGUAUAUCAUGAUGUAAAAAAAUUUCUAUUCUAAUAAUACACUAAUCAAAUUGAUCCAUAAAAGUACUUAUUUGGUACUGAAAAUGUUUCUACACAUUAUACAGAAAAAUGUUUCGAUAUGAGCUACAUCUUAAGAUUAAUAUCACAGUUGGUUAAUAACAAUACCUAAGGCAUAACUGUACAAGUUUGUCCUACCAGACCAAGAUCAGAAUCUUGCAAAUCUAGGCUUUCACCCCAAAUGAUUUACUGUACUUGGCAGUUUAUAAAACGGUACAAUGCAUUGGACGGAUCCCAAAUUGAAGGGGAAAAAAGAUUUCAUACUACUCCCCACUACCAGGUAUAUGCUCAUAGUAUAUUAGACAGUACCGUUGUAUUUCAUAAGCCCCCUAAGCACUCCUAUCAGUAUUGCUCUGUAUAUACUGUAGGUUAUUCCGAUGAGGUAUAUAAUAUACCUUACCCUAGGUUAGAUUUCUUGGUUGUGUGGCCCUGCAAAGAUGUUUUUUCACCUGGUCACAAUUAAUUGACUAAUGCGGGGAGGAAUGGUAAGAGAAUGUGAGGACGAGUUUAACAAUAAUAAGUUCGAAGCAGUGGAUGAGAGAGGCUCAGCUAGGUGGCUUUAUGUAGACUUUGGUCUUGACUGUGUGGAGCGAUUCCAUUUUCCCCACGUACCCCUUCAUUGUCAACUUCCUCAUUGGCUUCAAACUACGUGCUGACUGCGAUAUUUUCCAUUCCUGGACCGUCACUACUUGCUUUAUAUUUCCCCAUUAUUCACUAGUUAAUGAAAAAUAUGUUUGUAAGUGCAAUUGCAUAUGUGGAAUUUUUCCCAUAAAGGUUAAAAUCUAGGUCUGUUAAGACAAAAUCAAACUUGUACCAUUGGGUAUAAUUGAAUAUUUUUGCACAUUUUCAAUUUUCUGUAUUCAGCAAUAUUGUUAAUAAAAAAAAUCUGUAUAAUAUUUAA